AUGGCGAGUGGAAUGAAGAAGCGACGGGCAACCCGCAAUGUAGCUUCGAAGCGCGCGCGUAUUACCUCGAAACGCGCCCAGCACACCGAGCCGGAUCCGCAUUCGUCGCGCGCCGGAUCUGCCAAGGACACACACCUGCCCACCGGAGAAGACUGGGUCUUUCGCGUGAAGGUCAUCUCGUCUGCGACCGACCUGGGAAACGAGGUGUUCAAGAAUGCGGUCCAAGGACUCGUUCGAAUAUGUUUCCCUGCUGGCAUUCUGGACCAGCUGGGUUUACAGAUACUGGGGCAACACAUGCGCGAGGAGAAGGCUCCAGAAGGCAACAUACUGAGAAUGGAGGAGGUAUUCCAAUCAGAGAUGGAGCAGCGUAUAGCGUCUAUGCUUGCCGAGCAUCUUGACACGGCUGCCAAAAUCAACUUGGUUUUGAAAACUAUUCUGUCUACUAGCGCAAGGGCUCAUGGGGGUGACAUUGGAGAUGACAUCUUGGGUCACGUUACCGCUAGCCUACUCGAGUUGAAAGCAAAAGCUUCUGAACACUCGACGGAAUGGCUAGCCAGAGGUGACGGAGCACAGGAAGAGGACAACAGCGACGGGUAUAUGAACAUCAGCGGCGUCUCUGACGAAGAACCUGCGCCACCACCAAAGGCAUUGGAGAAAAAGAAACGGGGUAGACAGUCGGAGCGAGAACACCCAAGUGCUAAGGCUCAUGUCGCAAAAGCUAAGAGUACGCAUACCAGCUUGUUAGCGGCCCCGCCUCAGAAACGCACUCUGGAGCGCAAAGAUCGGGUAAUCUCUCUAAAGUGGCAUCGGGACGUCAAUGCAAAAGAGCUUUCAAACGCGGCUAUACCUCGGACCUUCUUACGCACGAGCGAUCUGUUUGCUUAUCAUGCAUUACCGAUUGCCCAACGCAAUCUUGGCCCCAAUGCAUCAAAGAAAGAUAUGAGAUGCGAGAUGCAGUCGCUACUUGAUGGCACGCCUCCAGAAGAGUUUGAGAAGUGGGUCGAGAGUUUACAAAAGCUACUCGAUGGCGACCGCGAUAUGCUAGAGCGACAAGAGUCACCCUCUUCCGGUCACCAGCAGCAGUUGAGUCGCGUAACCCCGGCGCCUAUCAACACACGGAGACACUCUCAGGAAUCUACGACAAAAAUAUCAGGUAACUUGACAGAUCCUGACAUCGACCCAAGGGGUGGUAACAGGCCUUCGCACCAAGAUACUUUCGACCCAAGGAAUGGUAACAAGACUUUGCACCAGGAUACUUUCGUCAAACGCGAAGUUGAAGCUGAGCAAAUGGAGCAACCAGAGACUAUCAAUGAGGGUCGUCGAAAGAACUUGUUAUCGGAAGCUACGGCUACCUUUCAACAUGUCCCAGUAAAAGAUCCUCACAUCCAAUCACCUAAACAAGCCGCAGAGACAAUGGACGACCAUGGCUCCUGGAGUCAUGGAAUCAUGCUGGAUCAGAAGCAGAUGGCUUACCCAAAGCUCUGA